AUGAGAAUAAGCUUUCAAGCAGAGCUGCUCCUUGUGCCCGUUUUUCUGUUGCUAUUAAAUCGAGGGAGAGAGGAGACGGGCAAGUUGUCAUUUUUUUCUGCCCGUCUCCAUUAUGAUGUCUUUCCCAGCAAGCGACACAAAGACAAACGGAGGUUCGAAUGGUGUGAUGGCCAGUUGGCUAUGGAUGAGAAUUUGGUUGUGCAGAAAUCAGGUGUAGCUCUUUACGAUGGACAAGAGAAGACUUCUUUUGAAUGUGGAAUGUUGAUAACGAGGGCAAUACCAUCAACAUCUCACAAUGUUGGGACAUUAGUUUCAGAGGCAGUGUUGUAUUUUUGUAUCUAUUCAAACUGUGUUCUUUGCUUGCCUUUAGCUUUGUGUGUUUAUAUUGAAGAACAUCCAUCUGGAUUCACCAAAAGUGCCAAAAUUAUAGUUCAUCUCCAUUCAGCUCCAUCAAAUAAGCACCCUGGACCAGCUUCUAGUAGUGCCUUUACUUAUGUGAGAUUAUCUUUCCGGGAAUCUGGAGAAAAAGAGUUUUUUAGGUAUUUUAAAGAACAAUUGGAAAGCAAGAAAUGGGAAAAAACUGAAAACGUUCCACCUCCACAAGGAAAUCUGCAGUCAGCACCCCGUCACCGAGCAGGAAUCAUUGGUAUUGAGAGAGCUAUACAAAAGAAACAAGAAGACACAGACAAAAACAUUUCCCAGGCAUUUGAGGACCUCAGUAAUUUGAUGGAAAAGGCUAAAGAUAUGGUUCACCUUUCCAAAACAAUUGCGAACAAAAUUCGUGAGAAACAAGGGGAUAUAACCGAGGACGAAACUGUUCGUUUCAAAUCUUAUCUCUUGAGUAUGGGUAUACCCAACCCUGUCACAAGGGAAACUCAUGGCACAGGUGAUCGAUAUUAUAUUCAGCUUGCACAUGAAUUGAAUGAUGUUCUAGAAGCACCAAUCAAUGACUGUGGUGGCAUGAUGACCCUCACAGAUGCUUAUUGUAGAGUCAACAGAGCACGGGGCAUGGAGCUACUUGCUCCAGAGGAUCUUUUACAUGCAUGUGAAAUCAUGGAGUCUCUGAAAUUAAAUAUCAGAUUCCGGGUGUUUGACAGUGGGGUUAUGGUACUACAGAGUCGGUCCCAUAAUGAAGAGGAAGCAAUUGAACAGACUGUAGAUGUGAAAAAAGGUUCAGCAACUGCAGAAGAACUCUCACAGUUAAUUGGUGUCUCUGUUAUUUUAGCCAGGGAAAGAUUACUUCUCAGUGAAAAAGUUGGUGGAAUCUGUCGAGAUGAAAAUGUGGAAGGUCUUCGCUUUUAUCCAAAUUUAUUUCUCAACACUGCAGCAUGA